UUGUCAUUAUUAUCGCAGCAUGUUGAUACGUGUAUGCAUGACUCAAGUUACGCAGGCGCAAUGACUUCCGAUGAUUCCGAGGAAAGCUUUAUUAGAAAGGCUCUUGCUUCGAAUUGUUCCAGUGUUGUACCUGACAGCGGUGUUGCGUAAAAUAAUUCUGAAAGAAAAGUCUUUGUUUAAAAUAUUGUUUUUAAAAGAAUGUUAUAAAGUUUUAUAUUUGAGAGUAGAUUGAAAACUUGGUUAAAAAUGUAUCGCAUCAUCGCAUUUUUCUGCGUUUUAUUAGUCGCAGCCAAUGCGGAACUUCAGAGGAUUAAUUUGCAUAAAAUGGAUAGCGUAAGGAAACAAUUAAAGGAAUAUAAUACAGACCUAACCCAGGUACAUGUAUUCCAAGGAAAUGCUCCACAACCAGAGCCCCUUUCUAAUUACCUUGAUGCUCAAUAUUAUGGUAUCAUCAACAUUGGAACUCCGCCUCAAGAAUUCAGAGUAGUCUUUGAUACAGGUUCCUCCAAUCUGUGGGUUCCCUCUAAAAAAUGCCAUUUGACUAACAUUGCCUGCAAACUACAUCACAAGUAUGAUGGUACCAAAUCGUCCACUUAUAAGGAAAACGGUACUGAAUUUUCUAUUGUGUAUGGUUCUGGAAGUCUCUCGGGCUAUCUCUCUACCGAUAUGGUAGACAUUGCUGGAUUGAAAGUUAGUGACCAAACAUUUGCCGAAGCGUUGAGCGAACCAGGCUUGGCAUUCGUUGCUGCCAAAUUUGAUGGUAUUAUGGGAAUGGCAUACUCUAGAAUAGCUGUUGAUGGUGUAAUGCCUGUCUUCUACAACAUGGUUAAACAAGGAUUAGUACCCCAACCUGUUUUCAGUUUCUAUUUGAACAGAGAUCCUAAUGCGGAAUCUGGUGGAGAAAUGAUACUUGGUGGUUCAGAUCCUAAUCAUUAUGUUGGUCCACUCACCUAUGUUCCUGUAGACAAGAAGGGUUACUGGCAAUUUAGCGUGGACAGAAUUGAAGUAGGCUCAGAUUCUAAGCUCUGCGAAAAUGGAUGCGAAGCUAUCGCUGACACAGGCACCUCUUUGAUCGCUGGACCCGUUAAAGAAGUUGAACUGCUUAACAAAAAAAUUGGAGCUACUCCUCUUGUUGCUGGAGAAGCAUUGGUGGACUGUAAUUCCAUUCCUAACUUGCCUAUAAUUACACUCGUAAUCGGUGGCAAGUCUUUCUCUCUCAGAGGCGAAGACUAUGUUUUGAAGGUUAAACAGUUUGGAAAAACUGUUUGCUUGAGUGGAUUUAUGGGAAUGGACAUUCCUCCACCAAAUGGCCCACUAUGGAUCUUGGGAGAUGUAUUCAUUGGCCGCUACUACACCGAAUUCGAUAUGGGAAACAACCGCGUUGGAUUUGCCGAAGCUAAAUAGAUCAUCAAAUGAAAAAAGCUUUUAAAUACAUUUACUUUUUUUUUAUAUCCUAAUAAAGCGGUUAGUCAAGUUUAUAAGUCUUCGGUAAUUGUUGCAUAGAAAUUUCUUACCAAUUAUGUAAGUGUAUUCUAUGUGACACUCUUAAAAGUAAAAUAACGGUUAAGCUGCAACAUAUAUAAAGUAAUUUCCUAUAAUGAAAUGUAUACCUGUAAAUGUAUCAUAAAGCAUAACAUAUUGUAAAAAUGAAAGCAAUAAAGUUUGUUUAAGUUA